UCUCUUGUGAACAUGGGGCGGACUUUAAUUAGUGUGUUCAUUUUGACUUAUUUGCACUUAACUGUGAUGACCACGUUGUGUGUCUCGGUGCAGGCAGAAGAUGCUGAGCUGUUGAUUUACCCCAACCGAUCUCAUUUUUACUCUGGAGAGACGAUUGAAUUUCGCUGUGAUGUAGAUGGUCAGCACUGGAACACCACUCUAAAGAGGAAUGGUCACUUUGUACAGUGGGGCUAUUUUACCCCUUUGAUCCUGUCGGACCUGACCGUGGACAUGAGUGGGGAUUACCAGUGCACUGCUCAGUCACUUGACUUCACACAUGAGACCAAAGACAGUAAUGUGAUCUCUAUUUCUGUGUCUGCGGACAGACCACGGGCCGAGCUGACCGCUGAUGGACACACUGUGCUGCGAGGGACGCGUACAUUUCCUAGUCUGACCUGCUCUGUCAGUGACUCUGAUAAUGACUGGAAUUAUGAAUGGGAAAUACAUGGAUCAGAUUAUUUGCACGUGUACACAGGUGCUCAAACCAUCACUCCACCUGAGGCUGCAAAAUACAUGUGCAGAGGCUUUAUCUUUGGUUACACAGCAGAUGAUAAAAUCUAUACUGAAGACAGUAAUGCAGUCUACAUAAAGUAUAUACUGCCAGAGAAGGCCACAAUAAAAGUCAAAAACCCAGAGUUUUGUCCUGGAGAGACCAUCAGAAUGUCAUGUGAAAUGACGUCAGAUGAGUAUAGGUAUACUCUCACCUGGUUUGAAUGGAAAACCACCAGUCAGAUCCAUUUAACAGGAAAGAACAAGUUUGUAAUCAGUAACGCUUCAGAGGCUCAUUCUGGAGAAUACCGGUGCAGAUGGACACUGAGCCCAUACACGUUUACAGAGUGGAGUCCACCGGUCACAUUUACAGCAAUCAACCCCAAGGCCAGGGUGAAAGCAAGUACCAGCUUUUUACCAGCAGGGGGCAUAGUGACACUGAGGUGCUCCGUCACCCCCUGUUCAUCUGGAUGGAAGUAUUACUGGUACAAGGACACACAGGAUACUCUGCUGCAGACCACAGAGGAGGCAGUGCUGAACAUCACUGAGAGAGGGCGCUAUUGGUGCAGAGGAGGGAGAGACAGCCCAGUCCACCACACAGACUUCAGUGAGCCAAUCAGCAUCAGAGAAUCCAGGAAACCGCCCCCGGUCAAAAACACCCCGGUCAAAGGUACCCCGGUAAAAGGUACCCUGGCCAAAGGUACCCUGGUCAAAAACAGCCCGGUCAAAGGUACCCCGGUCAAAGGUACCCCGGUCAAAGGUACCCAGGCCAAACAGCCCUCCGCCAAAUAGCCCCCCGAACCAAAAGCCCCCCGGCCAAACAUACCCUGGCAUAUCUUAACAUGUAUUGUAUCACUUAAUCUCAUUUCCUUAUUCAUACAUUUUAUACCUGAAUUGUGUGUUCUUUAAUCAAGAAUUUGAUUUUUUCUGAAUAA